GUCUAAUGGUUUCAUGCAUGAUUAUAAAACUACAUGGUAUAUGUUAGCUUUGAAAGCAAAAUUAUGAUUAAAAAUGAAUUAAAAAUGAAUUCAUUGUUUGUUUUCUUUUAGAGUAUCUUCAAUCUAUUUUAAUAUAUUUCUCUAUAAUAACAUUUAGAAAAAAAUAUACUCAGUUAUCUAUAUAUUUAUUAUUAUUUUCAAUUUAAAAUAAAAAUUGCUAUUUUUCUCUGCAAAUAAAUAAAGAAAUAGCAUUUUCUAUGUUUAUCUAGUUAUAGAUAUGCUAUUUCAGAGGAAUACGCAUUGGAGAUGAUUUUAGUUAUGCAUGGUCUUUUAAAGUUUUUUUUUCCAAAGGAACAAGAAGAUUAAAGGAAAUUAGAAAAAAAAUACUGAACAUAAAUGAAGAAUAAAUGUAUGUAAAGAAAUUAUAACAAAAAGAUAAAGAAGGCAAAAAGUGAUUUUGUACGAAGGAAAUAGAAUUUUGACUAGAAAGUAAAGGGGAGCUCUUGGGUAGGUAACCACGUUUAUAGAUUACAUGUAUAUCGAAAUUCCGUUGGUAUAUGUCGUCAAUUUUAAUCUAGAAACAUUACAUCAGCAGUUCAUUAACAAUGCCCAUAAUUUAUCUCUAGAACAAAUAAAUGAACUUAAUAACGUAAUAUAAUUGAAAUGUUUUCAGUAUUUGAAUUCAGGAAGUAACGUUUUACCAAACCUUGUUGCUUUUUCUUAGCAAAAAAAAAAAACCUUGUUGCUUUUCUCAUCUUCUUGUCAAAUAAUCAUCUGUUCCCUUGUUUUUUUUUAUCUUUUUUUUUUUGGCAAGGUAGCAUAUUUCCAGAUUCUAACUCUGAAACAUUUUCAUAUUUAUAUGAUAUUUACAUUCCUAUAAAACAACCUUGUUGCUUUUAUUUGAUGAUUGUUUUUUUUUCGUUUCUUGAUGUAAAUAUGUAAUACACGGAUCCAUUUUGAAGAUCUAUAUGUAUAUAUUUUUUCAACGAAUCUUAUUGUAAGAAGAGUUCAUAAAUUAUAUAACUACCGUAUACUAAUAUGUUACUAUAAUCAUCAAGUUGCACUAGCUAGUUGCUGCAGCUGUACAAGCUUGUCAGGGGAUGGGAGAUAUGAUGUCUUUUAAAAUGUAUAUGGUUUGAUCAUUGGAAGCUUAAGUAAUCUGAUAUAUUUUAAAGUAAUCUUUAAUCAAGCGAAAAACUGAGGAGACGUAGUUUUGUUUCAUGUAAAAAUACCAGUAGGUAUACAUACCCUUUAUCAAAAAAAAAAUAUACCAGUAGGUUACGUUACAUGUACUUUCCGGUUUUAGUAAUUUUAUCCGCUUUUAAUGAGGAACACUGGAUAUGUUUACAAGAACAAUAAUGGAAAAAGUUAGAGGCAUGGAGUAAUCGAAGGAUAAUCACGUAAACCAGUAAAUGCAAACCCUUCAAACGCCAACCAAAAUUAAAGGAAAAAUUAAAACAUUGAAAAUAUUUUCUGAAAAAUAUAUAUUCUUGGCUUAACAAUAAAUCUAGGUUUCUUUCACACUUUUCAGAUUUUUUUUUGUUGCACGAAACUUUGGAGAAUGCUCAUAAUCGAAUCAAGAAAAUGGAUCCAAAAAUGUUGUUCUGUCUACCGGAAGGAGAUGCAUUGUUUAAUCCACUCAAUACAAUGUUUAUUCAAAUGGCUUGCAUUCUCGUCUUCUCUCAGUUCUUCUAUCUCUUCCUUAAACCCUGUGGCCAAGCUGGUCCCGUUGCUCAAAUUCUCGCUGGGAUUGUAUUGAGUUUGCUCACAAUAAUCCAAAAGGUCCACGAUUUCUUCCUCCAAAAAGACUCAGCAAGCUAUUACAUCUUUUUCUCAUUUCUUUUACGAACAUGUUUCAUGUUCUUGAUCGGUCUCGAACUUGAUCUUGACUUUAUGAAACGAAACUUGAAGAACUCCAUUGUCAUAACCUUAGGCUCCUUAGUCUCUUGUGCCAUCAUCUGGAUCCCUUUCCUCUGGUUCCUCGUUCGUUUUCUACAUAUCAAAGGGGACAUCUUAACGUUGUACGUAGCCUUCCUGGUUACCUUAUCGAACACGGCAUCUCCUGUGGUCAUCCGCUCAAUCAUUGACUGGAAACUCCACACAUCUGAGAUCGGAAGGCUAGCGAUAUCCUGCGGAUUGUUCAUCGAGAUGACCAACAUUUUCAUCUACACUAUGGUCAUUGCUUACAUCUCCGGGAAAAUGACAGGAGACAUCUUUGCCUACACAUUUGCCACGGUUGUUAUAAUUUUCAUCAAUAGAUUCUUAGCUUCAUGGCUCCCCAAAAGAAACCCUAAAGAGAAGUACCUCUCCAAAGCUGAAACGCUCGCUUUUUUCAUCCUUAUUCUAAUAAUUGCGUUAACCAUUGAGUCCAGCAACAUAAACUCAACUGGUUUCGUGUUCUUGAUUGGACUAAUGUUUCCAAGAGAAGGUAAAACUUACAGAACGAUGAUCAACCGGCUGAGUUACCCGAUUCACGAGUUUGUUCUUCCGGUUUACUUUGGUUACAUCGGGUUUAGAUUCAGCGUCCACUCUCUAACCAAACGUCAUUACCUAGUCCUCUGUACGAUAGUGGCUUUAAGCAUGGUAGCGAAGCUUCUAGGAGUCUUAUGUGCAUGUUUAUUCCUUAAGAUCCCAAAGAAGUAUUGGCUUUUCUUGUCUACGAUUCUCUCAGUAAAAGGUCAUAUUGGUCUGGUCCUCCUCGACUCAAACUUGACCUACAAGAAAUGGUUUACUCCGAUAAUUCAUGAUAUGCUCAUUGCGACACUGGUGAUCACGACUUUGUUAAGCGGAGUAAUAUCUUCUUUAUUACUUAGAACGCAAGAAAAGGGUUUCUCACACCGAAAAACAUCGCUUGAGUUCCACGAUACCAAAGAGGAGCUACGUGUGCUGACUUGCGUCUACGGUGUACGUCAAGCUCGUGGACUAAUCUCUCUAAUCUCUGCUCUAAAUGGAGCUUCUUCUUCACCUUUCACACCUUAUCUCAUGCACCUCAUACCCCUCUCCAAGAAGCGAAAAACUGAACUACUGUACCACGAACUAGACGUAGAUGGAGUGAACUCCACUGGAGGAGACGAUGAGUUUGGAACCAACGAAGGACUAGAGAUCAAUGACUCGAUUGAUUCAUUCACUAGAGACAGAAAGGUCAUGAUCCGGCAAGUGAAACGAGUAGCGCUGAUGCAGAACAUGCACGAAGAGAUCUGUAACGGGAGCGAAGAUCUUCGCGUCUCCAUCGUGUUUCUUCCGUUCCAUAAACACCAGAGGAUCGAUGGGAAAACUACAAACGACGGGGAAGCUUUUCGGGAUAUGAACCGGAAGGUGCUAAAGCAAGCACAGUGUUCGAUCGGUAUCUUUGUGGAUAGAAACAUAACAGGGUUUCGCCAGCUUCACGGGUUUGAGUCGGUGCAACACGUCGCUGCAUUGUUCUUUGGUGGUCCUGAUGAUCGUGAGGCUCUGUCCUUGUGCCAGUGGCUUAUCAAUAACUCUCAAAUUCACCUCACUAUCAUACAGUUUGUCGCGGAUGGCUCAGAGACAGAGAAUCUUGUCGGAGACGCGGUGACCAAAGAAAACAACGAUGUUUUAAUGGAGAUUGUUGGUAACGAUCAGACAAACGACGAAACUGAUCGAAGUUUCUUAGAGGAAUACUAUAACAGAUUUGUAACGACGGGGCAAGUUGGAUUCAUAGAGAAGCGAGUAAGCAACGGAGAGCAAACACUGACGAUUCUGAGAGAGAUAGGAGAGAUGUAUUCACUGUUUGUGGUGGGAAAACACAGAGGAGAUUGCCUAAUGACGUCAGGAAUGAACGAUUGGGAAGAGUGUCCGGAACUAGGAACGGUCGGAGAUUUCUUGGCUUCAUCAAAUAUGGAUGUAAAUGCUUCUGUAUUAGUAGUUCAAAGAUAUAGACACUCAUUUGAAAUCUUUGUGGAUGAAUAGCAAAAUAUUCUUUACUUUUACACAACAAUAUUUCCAUCUUAUUUUUAACAGUUUCUUACAUCACAUAUCACACAUAACAAUUUGAAAACAUAUCACAAACUCUUAGAACAUCUGCAUCAAUGAACCUUGAGGGGGAUCAUAACUUUAAUUUUUUAUUAUUUUUUUCGUUUGAUUUUUUUUUUUAAAAUAAAAAUAAGCGGACCAAUCACGGGCCACCACGUGGCUAGUGCUUAUGGUUUGAUCUCUGUUUUCUUGUUCUUCCAUUGUGUCGCAGAGACUUGAACCUUUUGUCUCGGGUAGAAUCAAAACGAAUAAUACCAAACCAGACAUUGCAAUUCCGAAAAUGGCAAAGGAAACUGAUGGUAGAUCUCUUCCUAUCGAAGCAAUGAGCGGACAGCAAGCUCCUCCAACAACAAGAGCCUGUCUAAACAUCAUUGUUGCGGAACUUCUUACACAAGUAGGAAACAUUUCAACCAUGUAAACCGCCAUUAGGUUAAAUCCGGUCCUUGCACAGAAAAAAGUCCCAAGUUCAAACGCAAACGCGAUACCGGUUUUUCCGAAAACGCUUAGAACGAAACAAAGCACCCACGAUGCUCCACCUAGUAAGGUGUUCACAAGAACAGAGGUUCUUCUGUUGACCCUCUCCAAUAUGAACGAGUGAUAAUGAAAGUAGGCAACUCCACCGCUGCAUUUAGGGUUUCACUCAAAUAUAUGUUGACGUCUAUGUCUCUAGCUGCUAAUGGAACUCCGUAGUAUGACAUUCCCAUCCCAAACAAUAUGAUCAUAACAACUAAUAUCCUCCGAAAAGCCCACUUUCGGAAGAAAAAGUCCUUAAUCGAGUACCUAGGUAGUGAUUCAACGGUUUCUUGCCCCAGGGGUAACGUAGAAACUAGUGAUUCCAAGUAGGUUUUGUUCUUAGAUGACAGGCUUUUGAGAACAACAAUGGCUUCUUCGUUGUUUCCUUGCAAGUGAAGCCACCGUGGUGAUUCGAGUGCGAAGAGGUAGAGGAAGGAGGAUACAAUGGAAUGUUGCGGGAACGGCUGCGUAGACAUAGAGAUAUCUCCACGAAGAGUGUCGAGCAAGGUAAGCGAUUCCAGACAAUGACAUAAACCCUAAAACGAAAAGGGUAAAUGGAAUCAUGGUAACUCUCGGUCUCCACUUGGUGGGGACUCGCUCAUUGAUGAGAACCAGCGCAUAUGACCAUGUCUGUGAUCUCGUGAAUCCGAUGACAAACUUUAGGGUUGUGUAAAUCCAUACAUUGGUUGAAAAGACUGUAGGAACCUUAUUUUACUACCAUAGGACAACUGAUAUUUGUAAAGAAUAAUAAGAACAUAAACUAAAAUUUCAAUACCAAAAUAUAAAAAUAAAGAAGAAUUGCAGAGUCGAGAUAGUUAAUCUCUUUCCUUAAAUCUUUGAACGCCCCGUAGUG